ACUGAUGUGCAUUUGCUGUCAUGUGAUACACAUUUUUCACAGCACUGAAGUGCGGUGUAGCGUUCUGUUUUCCCAAACUAAGAAAUGUUUCUCUUUGCCACAGCCUGCUAAAUUGCAGCUAGCUUCAGUUAUGGAAGUGACUGACAGUAGCUUAAUGUAAACGUGUAUAGUUCCGUUCAAGUGUUGAAGAAAAUUCACGGAUAUAACGUGUUUGAAACCUGUCUAUCACCAGCACCAUGGAACCCACAGCCUCUGGAAUGUUCUGUAACAGAAUGCUCAGUAUGGUAAACUCAGAGGAUGUCAACGCCAUCAUCCAAGCCCAAAGGCACAUGCUGGACCGCUUUGAGAAGACCAAUGAGAUGCUAAUCAAUUUCAACGGGCUGUCCAACGUGCGGCUGCUGCAGAUGAACGAACACUUCCUGCUUCACACACGCACCCUGGUGGAGAUGAAGAAAGACUUGGACAGCAUCUUUAGGAGAAUCAGGACGUUAAAGGGCAAGAUCGCCAAGCAGUACCCAGAGGCCUUCAGCAACGUCCACGAGUCGCCUAUCCUGGAGGAGGACGACGACGAGUUUGAUCUCAUCUCGCCCAGCGUUGCCGCGACGAUCACCACCGCCAUGUCGGAGCAGAGCACAGAGUCAUGUGACACGAGCCCCGACGUCAUUUCCCCGACCGUGAGCCGUUGUUCCGAAGACCUCUCCCAGGAGCAGGCCGACACGCCUACCUCUGACCCAGCCCUGCCUAGCCCUGAGAUGGGCGUGCUGAGAGAUGAGGGUCCGGACUCAGUGCCUGCAGAGUAGAGCCUUCGUAACCCAGGCCUAGAGCUCUACUUAGUACUUGCAGAGUAGAGCCUUCGUAACCAAGGCCUAGAGCUCUACUUAGUACCUGCGGAGUAGAGCCUUCGUAAUCUAGACCUAGAGCUCUACUUAGUACCUGCGGAGUAGAGCCUUCGUGACCUAGAGCUCUAUUCAGUGCCUGUGGAGUAGAGCCUUCGUAACCCCGGCCUAGGGCUCUAUUCAGUACUUGCAGAGUAGAGCCUCUGUAACACAGGCCUAGGCCUUGGGUUGGCUCAGUAGCUGUAGAUUAGAUACUCCUAUAUACAAAAGUAUGUGGACAACCCUUCAAAGUAGUGAAUUCGGCUAUUUCAGCACCACCCUUUGCUGACAGGUGUAUAAAAUCGAGCACACA